AUGGGGUCUGUCGGCGAUGCUGAGAAGAAGCCUACCGUUGUUUUUGUUUUGGGUGGCCCCGGCAGUGGAAAGGGUACCCAGUGUGCCAAUAUCGUUGAACACUUUGGUUACACUCAUCUCAGUGCUGGAGAUCUUCUUCGAGCAGAAAUUAAAUCUGGCUCUGAAAAUGGAACCAUGAUUCAGAACAUGAUUAAGGAGGGCAAGAUAGUGCCCUCAGAGGUAACUAUAAAGCUCCUCCAAAAAGCAAUUCAGGAUAGUGGAAAUGACAAAUUUCUGAUUGACGGCUUUCCUCGCAAUGAGGAAAACCGAGCUGCUUUUGAAGCUGUUACCAAAAUUGAGCCGGCAUUUGUCCUGUUCUUUGAUUGUCCUGAAGAGGAGAUGGAGAGGCGUAUUUUGACCAGGAACCAGGGAAGAGAAGAUGAUAACAUUGAGACAAUAAGGAAGCGGUUUAAAGUUUUUCUAGAGUCUAGUCUUCCUGUGGUUGAGUACUAUGACUCCAAGGGGAAAGUUCGAAAGGUUGAUGCUGCAAAGCCUGUUGAAGAGGUUUUUGAGACAGUUAAAACAUUCUUUACCCCAAAAGAGGAAAAGGUAAAGCACCAUAGCUGUGCUAUUUUUAGGCAUUCCGUUAUAUACGGUGAUGAGACAAAGAUUUCUGAUCUUUAUCUUGACUGGAGAGGAUGUCGAGCUCGAAUUCAGCCUAUAUUUGGGAAAUAA